UAUUUAUGAAGAAUCAUAUGAUGAUUUAUAUGAAGAUAGUUGUAGAUAUUAUGAGCUAGAAGAUAGUUGUAGAGAGGAUGAGCUAAAAGAUAGCAUAUUGAGAGAAAUUUAUAGUGAGCAAAUAUUUGUAUCAUUUGAAGUACCUGAACAAUAUUUAAAGUAA